AUGCUCCACGCUCAAAAGGCGGAUGCAUCACCUGCCGUCGAAGGAGAAAGCGCUGUUCCGGAUCCCGUCCCGAGUGUGACGCUUGCCGGCGACUUCAACUCGACUGUAAAUGGGAUGGUCGACGCCGGCCAGUUGGCACCGACGAUGCACCGAAGCAUCGCUUCUCAGUCUGCUGCGACAAUCCCCAGCCCUUUGCCAAGUCUGACGCCCGAUGAUGCCGACCAGCGCAUUCUUAUGUCCUAUUACAUACACUCCUUCGUGCCAAACAUAUCAGUCGCGAAGUCUUCCUCCAGUUUCUUCACAUCUCUCUAUGUACCCAUGGCAUUCCACUGCGAUGCCGUACGGAACGCCAUUCUGGCGUGCGCGUCUGCCCACCUUUCCAAGGCGACGGCUGACGUCUCCCGCUCAUCCCGACUCCUGAAUCUCUCCGUGUGCUACCAGAGGCAGUGCCAUCAGUUCUUGCAGCACCGGAUAUCUCUUUUGGGAAAUCUUCAGCAGGAUCACCUGGAAUCUUUGACUGUCAUCCUGCUAUUUAUCGGCCUGGAAGUACAGAAUGGCGCUCACACCAAGAAGUGGAUGGACCAGCUGGAGUGUGUUCGGAAUAUCAUCCGCCAGCAAGGCGGCAAGACGGCCUUUGCGCGGAGCUCUUGGGAGGCUGAGUGCAUUUAUAACCACUUCCUCUAUCACGAUGUAAUGAGCCUCAUCAUGGAUGGUGUUGCUGGGAGGCGAUAUCGGGACGAAGAGGCCGAGGAUGGCACUUCAGCAGCGGGCACGCCACCGUCGGAAGGAUCAUCUUGUAUGGCGGUUUCAUCGCCACCACCUCCGAGACUCAGAGAUUCCGAAAUGCCUUGGGCAAAGUACAUCUUAGGUCCAGAGGCUAUGAAUCAACCACAAUCCACAAGGCCGCCGUCGAGAUCAGGCAGGGCCUCUAGCUCGGUCCAUCCGCUCCUUGGCCUAUCGCGAGAACUCUUCUUCCUCAUCCAGAAGAUCCGUUUUGUCAAACCCAUUGACGAUCCGACUGAAUCUUUCGACCCCUCCGCCAACAUUUUCUUUUUGGACCUGGAGAGGAAGAUCUCCACUCUGCAGUUCGAUAUUCCUCCCAACGCCAAUGACGAAGGAGAUAGACUCGACGCCGGUACCCGUCUCGAUCUGCUCACCCUCGCCGAGGCAUACCGCCUAGCCGCCCUCAUUCUGCUAUAUCGCAGGUCGAAAGCCCACACGCACCGCCUUCCGGUACUGGCUCGUCAGGUCAUCGUGCUAGUUGAACGGAUACCGCCCGGCAACCCGGCUGAGGCGGGCCUGACGUAUCCGCUGUUCCUGGCCGGUGCGGAAAUUGUCUCGGACGAUCUCAUUCUACGUUGCGCCGCGAAGCUCAUCACCAUCAGGGAGCGUGUCAAGGUUCUCAACAUUCAGGCGGUGGAGGAGGUGCUGGAGGCCGUGUGGAGGGAGCGUCUCAACGGAGGUGACAACUGGGACUGGGAACAGCUACUACGACGGUGGAAGUGGGUAAUCAACUUGGGCUGA